AACUCAACCAUUUCCCAGGACUCAAUUGAGCUCCUCUUAUCACGAAAUCUUCAUAUCUACCAGCGCAUUCCUGAAUUCUUUGAUCUAUACCCCAGGAUCACAACUACGAGCUACCCAGCUAAUGAGCCUACCCCGAGGCUUCCGACUCUUUCGCACAACUAUGUCCGGCGAAAAGAUCUAUGAAGGCGUCCUCGCCGUCUAUAAACCCCAAAGCGUGACCUCCGCCGACGUAAUCCGCAAGCUGCAAUCUCACUUCAAACCCUCUGAGCUCUUCCGCCCCUGGAUCGAGCACGAGCGCGCCGAGCGCGCCCGUUCCUCCUCCCGCGAAGCGAAAUUCUCCCGCAAGCGCAGGAACAAGAACGUCGAUGUGAAGAUCGGACAUGGCGGUACCCUUGACCCCCUUGCCACGGGCGUGUUGGUUACGGGUGUGGGCAAGGGCACGAAGCAGUUGAAUGAUUUUUUGGGAUGUAAGAAGACGUACGAGGCGGUCGUUGUGUUUGGGGCGGAGACGGAUAGCUAUGAUCGGGUUGGGAAGAUUGUGAGGCGCGGGCCGUAUGCGCAUGUCACGCGCGAGGGGGUGGAGAAAGCGCUUGCGCAGUUCCGGGGAAAGAUCAUGCAGCAUCCGCCGGUUUUCUCGGCAUUGAAGGUGAAGGGGAAGAAGUUGUAUGAGUAUGCGCGGGAGGGGCAGCUGCCGCCGAUUGAGAUCCAGGCGAGGCCGGUGGAGGUUUCGAAUCUGGAGAUUCUGGAGUGGUAUGAGCCGGGUACGCAUGAGCAUAAGUGGCCUGAGGAGGAGGCGCCGGAGGAGGAGAAGUCUGUUGCAGAGAAGUUGCUUGCAAAGGAUGAUGCGCUUCCUGUUGCUGUAUCUGCAGAAGAGGGACAGCCUGAAAAGCAGGUGCUCGAGACUUCAUCCGCAACAAAGCGUCCUGCAGAGAGCCAGGAAGAAGAGAAAGAACAGCCCACUGCUACAACAACAGAAGUGACACCCGAUGACUCCGUUCCAGCACCGAAAAAGCAGAAGGUAUCCGAUGACGCCGCACAAGACGCACCCGUGGAACAACCAGCAGUCACCGAAACCACUGAGACCACCGAAACCUCCGAAUCCAACCCUGGAUCUAACGAACUCCCUCAACCCCCUGCCGUCAAAAUCACCAUGACCGUCUCCUCCGGCUUCUAUGUCCGUUCCCUCGCGCACGACCUAGGAAAAGCCCUUGGUAGCUGCGCCCUCAUGAGCGAGCUCUCCCGCACGCGCCAGGCGGACUUUACACUUGAUUCUGAUAAGAUCCUCGAGUACAAGGAUUUGGAUGCUGGAGAGGAAGUCUGGGGCCCGAAGGUGCAAGGGUUCUUGGAGGAAUGGGAGAAGAAGAGGGAGAGAGACGCGAAGGCUGGUUCUUCGUGAUUAUCUUGUAUAUAUCUGAAACCUUCAUAAAAGUUUACGGUUCAAGGGCAAUAUUCUACAUCUCCAGUCUGUCCCAGCUACUCAAAAUGCACAAUAUCAAUGAUUCUCCGCAAGUUACCAGGAUGGAGCAUACUCCG